GUGCGUUUGUAGCAAUCGACGUGGCCGCAUGCGUCCGUUCCGUUGCUGCGACGAGAGCCUAGGGCCGCUAGUCGACGUCUCGUCCCGCCUCCAGCUGCGCGAAGCCGUGCUUGUUGCCGACAGCAGCAGCAUCGAGGCGCUGCAGUGGGCGGGCGGCUUGCCGUUCCUUCUCCAGAAUCUUCAAAUCGCGUCUGUCGUGCCGCUUGAAGACGUCGAGCGGUCGCCGGCCGCUGUCUUGAACCCGUUCCAGCUCGCGCGCCAGCCAAGCGUCGCUGUGCUGACAUGCUCGGCCCUCGGCGACAUCGAGGCGACACUGCGCGCGAUGCUGCCGCACGUGACGCAGCUCGUCGUCUUGUCGACAAUCCCGGAAGCGGCCCAUGGCACGGCGUUCUCGUUCGAGGCCUUUCGCGCAUCGCUCUUGCCUGCGACUGCCAAGGUCUACGUUGAGUACGUGCCCCUCAUGUACGCACCGCUCAGCGAGAAAGAUGGCGCCGACCCGAGCGUCUUUGUGCUCACGCACCCCACGUGCGCGGCCGCGUUUCCGCUCAUGCGCACGCAGCUAUCGGCGACGCCUGCGACGCACGUCAACGAGAUUGCGCCGGCUGACAUCCCGGAGGCUAGCCGCAAAGCGUUCAAGCUUCUCGCACAGGUCCUCGCCGGUAUCCUCCUCCAGUGGCGCUUCCAGGUCAAAGACCGCAUUUUCGCACUUGGUGGAACGUCGCUCAAGGUCGGCCACACACUGUUGCAUACGCUGCACGAGAUGCAAGGCGAGUGCACACCAGCAGACCUCAAGCAGCUGCAGCCAGCCCACUUGAUUUUAAUCGACCGGACGCUCGACCUUGCGACGCCGUCGUCGCAUCAAUUUUCGCUUCUGGAUCGGAUUCUACAGCAGCUCCCCAAGGCAUCGACGCUACCUGUCGCGGAGCACAUCACGCAGGUCGCGCCUCUGGACGCAGCGGCCGAGCUCGCGCCGAACCGUCUCUCUGUCCCCGCAUCGUGGCGUGGAGGCGUAAGCGUUUGCCACGGCCAAGACCCCACCGCCGCCGCCGCCGUGCGCAACCUUUUGAGCCACGGGCCCGUGAACGCGCUGCGAGAGCUCUCGACGAGUCUGCGCGCUGUCGCGAUGGACCUUAUCAAGUCCAAGGCGACGCCGACGCCGGAGAAAACGCCCAAGGACCAGCCGCUCCGCGGCCGUGACGUCGUCCAGCGAUGGCUCGCGUGCAUCGACGGCGCGUACGACCCCAAGGUGACGUGGCAGCACAAGAAGCUGCUGCAGCUUGGCCUCGCCGUGCUCGAGACAAUGGGCCGAAUGGAAGCCACGCAGGCGCUGUGGACACACGUGGCCAGCAUUGAAAAGCGAUAUGCGCAGAGCCGCUUCCAGGGUGCGGCCGAGUGGAUUCUUCCCGAGGUCGCCGACCUCGUCAACCGGCAAGGCAUGGUGCUCGACGAGCCGCUGCUGUCGCUUGAUGUGGUGUUGCAGCUCUUUGUCUACGCCUUUGCGAUCGCUGGCAGCCACGAGAUGGAAGACUACACGCGUGGCAUGGUCCGGCAAGCGCUCCAGAAGGCCAUUCUAGCCCACGACGGAAGCAGUGACCUCUUGCCGCAGGAGUUAUGUCAGCUCUUGACGACUCGCAGCAGCACUAGCUGUGAAGCCCACGUGCCACUUGGCACCGAGGCGAGCCAAGACGACGACGACGGGUGGGGCUGGGACGACGAUGCGGGCAAGGCCCCACCGUCGCCACCAGUCUCCGCAUCACACGCGACGGUGGCCGCAGUCGACGCGUUUGUGGCGCAUCUCGUACCCGUGCUCGAGGAGUGUGGACAGCUGUACCACGAAGUGGCUCCGACGCUCGCCAAUGAGUUCGCUCUUGGACUGCUGCCGCAAGUCGUGGCGCAACUCGUGGACCCGUCGUGCCCGGCGAUCAAGGACCUCCAGCACGUGACAGACGCCUCGGAGCAGCUCACACGCGCCGGCAUCGACCUGCUCAAGACCGGUCUCAGUGUGUUUGGCUUGAGCGGCCAGGGCCUGAAGGGCGCACCGGCGGUUGUGCCACACCUCUCGACACCUGGAGCGGUCUGCGUCGUCUUUGUCAUCGGCGGCAUCUCGGCCCACGAAGUUCAGGCGAUCGCAGACGUUAUGAAGGGCCGGACGGACGUGCAACUCAUUUUGGGCAGCACGACGCUAUCGACACCGACGACGCUCUUGCGGCACCUCGUCGCGUCGUCGUAAAUGCGCUGUACACUUGGCCGCGAGAUCUCGCUCGAAUUUAAUCGUUGUUGUACGCCGCCAUAAUCUCUUCUAGUUGCC